CCACUACACAUUCGCUCACGACGGACGCACGGAGGAGACCUACGGUUUCCCCCGUUCUUUUACGGCACCAAUUUAAUGGAUCCGACCAUCGGUUGGUACCAACCGGAGCAGUUCGGCCCCGCCAAGGAACUCUGGUUACACAUCUGGGAGGCUGAAAAGGGUCUCGACGUACUGACUCUGCGUAACGACGCGACUGCGAACAACGCAAUGGGCGUGCGGCUGCAGCAGGAUUUCCUCGCGCUGGACACGAGCCCGACGGUAGUUGUGACUGCAACCGGCAACGUGCCGUUGUCCAACACCGCCGUCACCACUGCCGGCACCGCCGGUGCUGGCAAUAACGGCAACGGGGGCGGCAAUGUCAGCAACAGUAACAACGGUAACAACGGCCGCGCCGCCACCGCCGUUCAUAGUAAUGCCGCCGGCAACAGCAACGGCGAGCACCGCGUGCCCCACAACGCCUGCAACAAUUACUACAAUCCGUCGCGGAGGAAAAGCGACAAUCGCGCGAGUACUUACGGUAUGAAUUACAACUACGACGCCCUCGUGGGCGAGUAUGGCGGGACCCCUUGGCGUGUGCCGAACAAACAUUACUCUAAAGGGGUGUUCGGGUUACAUGAAGAAAUAGAAGAUUUUUUUAGAUAUAUGUGUCCUUCACAUGAAGAGCAUGUUUUAAGAUUAAGAGUUGUAAAGAGAAUAGAACAAGUAAUUUAUGAUCUCUGGCCACUUUCUAAAGUUGAAGUAUUUGGCAGUUUUCGCACUGGUUUAUAUUUGCCUACAAGUGACAUAGACUUGGUAGUAAUAGGAAUGUGGGAAAAUCUUCCAUUACGUACUUUGGAACGUGCUUUACUUGAUCAGAACAUUGCUGAGCCAUCUUCUAUUAAAGUGUUGGACAAGGCCAGUGUGCCGAUCGUUAAGCUGACCGACAAGGAAAGUGAGAUUAAAGUAGACAUCAGUUUCAACAUGAACAACGGUGUAAAGUCCGCAGAGUUGAUAAACUCCUACAAGAGACGAUAUCCAGUUCUAGAGAAACUAGUCAUGGUAUUGAAACAAUUCUUAUUACAAAGAGAUCUUAACGAAGUGUUUACCGGCGGUAUAUCCUCGUACAGUUUAAUACUUAUGACUAUCAGUUUUUUACAACUACAUCCGAGACAGAAUGCUUAUUGUUCAAAUGCCAAUCUAGGAGUACUAUUGAUUGAAUUUCUCGAAUUAUAUGGUAGAAAGUUCAACUAUGUUAAGACUGGCAUUCGUGUAAAGGAUGGUGGUACUUACAUAUCCAAAGAAGAGGUUCAACGAGACAUGAUAGAUGGCCACCGACCAUCUCUAUUGUGCAUAGAAGAUCCACUCACGCCUGGGAACGAUAUUGGUCGCAGUAGUUACGGUGCUUUGUAUGUAAGAGAUGCAUUUGAUUGGGCCUACUUUGUCCUCUCUCAAGCAGUUAGCCCGUUAAAUAUCUUGGUUAAUGACGCCAGUAAAGUAAGCAUACUAGGAAGAAUUAUUCGUGUGACCGACGAAGUAAUAGAUUACCGUAGAUGGAUCAAAGACACAUUCCUACUACCUGUAAGUGAAGCAGAUUCUCUGUCAAGCUCUGGUACAUCUGGUUCCGAUGCGUCCACUCUUUCAGCACCCGCUAGUGACACGGAUUCCGAAUGCAGUCGUGGCAAUUCUCCAAACACUGGCGGAAAGAACGAGAAUGACAAAAACAAAGAUAGGCAUUUUUAUAAUAGCCAUCAAAUUCAUCAUUAUUCAGGAAGAAAAGCGUUUAAAGCAACUACUCAUGUGAAUCAUCAACAGAGUUUCAAAGCCAGUUAUCGUAUUAACAAUAAUUUAGCUGGUCAAAACAAGACCAAGCACACACUCCACAGUAAUGGAAACAACAACAACAACAACAACAACAACAAUACUAGUCAUAGCCCAAGCUCUAGACCAAACAUAGUAAAAAGGAAGAAGCAGUGUACAAUGCAGCGUGGGACCGGGGAUUGUGUACGGUGAUGAAACGUGCAUGAUAAUUUUGGACAUUACUUCCGUCACUUAAGUAACGAGCUCAAUAUCAUAACUGUGUGAUAGUAAGACAGCGAUUUAUAUCACGCAACAACCGAAUCGUCUUAGGCUCCUCCCCACCCUUCUUUUAUUGUCAGCUCAAUGUAUGGAAGGGCACAUCAUUAUCUAUAGUUCUAAGAGAACUUACAGUUUGGAAAUUUUACGAUUCUUGCGCAAGCAAGAAUACUUAAGUAGUAGAGCUAUACAUGUACAUAUAUAUAAAUAUAUAUACACACACAUUUCUUUUUUUUUUCAGUUAGAAUUAUACUUUGCUCUGUACGCGAAAGUUCAUGUACUAAAGACGUACAGAAUUUCUAAUCACGAGUUGUUCAAGAUAGAAUCCGUUUAUAUUACAUUUUUAUUGCACAGGCUAUAAACGAUACUCGAAGAGAAAUGUAAUGUCAUAACAAUGUUUCAUUGAUUAUCAUGAAAAGAUUUGAAUUUAUUGCCAUCCUCAAGUAGCGCUUGUAUUCAGAGUCAUUAUAAUUAACGUAAUAUAUUUAUAUAAUAUGAAUGAUACAGACAUAUGGAUAUGAGUUGUGGUAUGUUUUCCUCGGGAACUUUAACACAUAAAACUAUAAAACACGCUGAUAAUAACAACAAAAACUUAGUUUUCUAUAUGAAACUAUAUUCUUAUAACAAUGGAGUGACAGCGAAUUUGGUGAUAUUGGGACUUAUCUAAUGUACAUAUUGUAAUAUACAUCAAGUAUAGAGAAAUAAGUCUAAGAGUUACCUACUAAAUAUUUUCUUUUUUUUUAAUUUAUAAAUACUUAAAAUAAUGUUUGUUAAAAUAAUUUUAUCAUAAAAAAUUCGCGAAUGAAACCGUAUCUAAACAUGUAUUAUUGUUUUUUUUCUGUUAUAUCUUUUUUUUUUUUUUUUUUGUCGAAUGUAUGAAAUAUUGUUGGAAGAUUUUGCUAUGUUUUUCAGAUUUUAGUAAAAUUACAGGUCAUGUGUACUGAUAAUACAAUGCUAUAAGAAGAAAAGAAAAUUUUGAAUAAAAAUAUUUUUAAGAAGUAGCUUAUUAUCGAAACAAGAUGACAACGCUUCGAAUCUUUGUAGUCUAUUUCGUAGCAACAAUUUUUUUUUUUUUCGCAAAUUAGCUUGAUCUAUCUUUUGAUCUAUCUUGAUCUUCUUUUGUACAAAAAAAAGCUAAUUUCUUAAUAUUCCCCGAACAAUGACGUAUUAUUUUUAUAUCGGAUAAUUAAAACAUACACGUUUGUAUCAUAUAAAAGGAAAAAAAAAACGAAGAAUCUGAUAUUUAUGAAUCUUACAUUGCAUUUGAUAAAGCUUAUGUAUAUGACAAUACGCGAAAAAGGCCUUGACAUUACUUAAAUGCUCCAUAUGUUACGUUAUGUUCAUUGAUCAUGGUAGACAUAGUUCACUAUUGAAUAUUACAUUCCGUUGAUGCAAUAACUAAUAAGACGAAAUAGAGUAUCUUACUGAAACAAAUCUCGGUCAAAAUUCUUUCUGAUGCAGUUGCAUUUUUGUUCAACGAUUUUUUUAAGAUGUAAAGAUCACCCCCACAGACUCCCUAGUUUAGCCACAUGAAUUGAGAAUAUUUAGCUUUCGAGUCUUUAUAUUGUGUAAUACCCAGUAUUCCGUGUAUUGUUUAAUUUAAAGUUCUUUCGUAUGUAAUAUUGUAUGCUGUGAUUGAAUUUAAUAAUUAAAUUGUCAAUUGCUCCUAAAGAUAUAUAUAAAUAUAUAUAAAUAUAUAAUUUAAAAAUGUUACUGUGUAAAGCAUUAUAUAAAGUCAUAUUACAUUUUUAAAACUAUGUAAACUAUUAUUAUUAUCGCUUAGUGAUCCUCAGCAAAUUACGUGUUUUUUAUAAAUAUCAGAAUUUCGUAAUCAUUGAAAAUUUGAUAACAAAACUUCGUAAUCACUCAUAUUUAUCGAAUUUCCCGAACGACUAUUGGAACUUCUGUAAAAAAAAUGAAAAAAAUGAAAAAAAAAAAAAAAGUUUAAUAAAUAUGAAUGAUG